GCCUAUACUCAUUAUUCUCCAAUAUAUCUGACCAAACAUGUAACAGACUUAAACCCUAAUAAAUGUUCAUCCGUACAUGCACCUCCUUCCUCAAGUAAGGAUAAAACCACCUUCUGUUUUUGUUUCCCUUUGACUCUAUAUAACACACUGUAACUCCUCCGUAGCUAUAUUCUUCCUUAGAUCCUCAUCAAGCUCAAAAAUCUCUAUCUAUACAUUUAUCUACGGGGGACUAUCAUACUAUCAUCAUCAUCUGUUGGAGAAUAUGAAGAGGACACAUUUGGCAAGUUUCAGCAACACAAACAAAACCCAAGAAGAAGAAGAAGAAGACACUAAUAUUGGUGACAACAGAGUCAUCAUGAAUCACUACAAGAAUUACGAAGCUGGGCUGAUCCCAUGGCCUCCCAAGAACUACACUUGCAGCUUCUGCAGGAGAGAGUUUAGAUCUGCUCAAGCACUUGGAGGCCACAUGAAUGUCCAUAGAAGAGACAGAGCAAAACUCAGACAGAUCCCUUCUUGGCUCUUCGAACCUCACCACCACAUACCUAUUGGAAACCCUAACCCUAAUUUUAGCUCUUCUUCUUCCUCUUUAACAACACCAGCUCACCUUGAGCCUUCCUUAACCAACCAGAGAUCCAAAACAACUACUUUUCCUUCUGCCCGGUUUGAUCUUUUGGACAGUACUACUAGCUAUGGAGGUUUGAUGGUGGACAGAGAGAAGAACAAGAGCAAUGUAUGUAGCAGAGAGAUCAAGAAGAGUGCCAUCGAUGCAUGUCAUUCAGUAAGAUGUGAGAUAAGCCGUGGGGAUCUGAUGAAUAAGAAAGAUGAUCAAGUCAUGGGGUUGGAGCUUGGGAUGAGUUUGAAGAAUCCCAAACAAGUUCUUGAUUUGGAGCUUCGACUAGGCUACCUCUAAAUUCAUCUGACUAGUAAUUUUAUUUCAAAAUUUUAUUUAGUAUAUCAUAACAUGUAUAGCUGAGCAGUGACAAGAGAUUGUGAUUGCAUUCAGUCUAAUGGUAUUAAAUAGUAUUAGACUUAAAUUUAAUGGAAGUCAAAAAGAAGUUAAAGUUGAAAAAGGCCUCCAAAUUUCUUUAUAGGUUUUGUACCUUUUCAUAAGAAAAUCUCCAUAUGAUUUUACCAAGAGUGUUUACAUCUCUUAAUAAGUGGCUCAAUUUAAUCUUAAAAUUGAGUUAUGUGGUGUUCCAGUAUAUGUGUUAUUUUCCUAGUUUUUUCCAAUGAGUGAAAGAUAUUUUAAUACAAAACAACGAUAUAUGUUUGUAUUUUAAACUUUAUUGUUAUUAUUGGUAAUAAAUUUGUCAGUUCCAAUCCUCCCGUAUGUAUUUUGUAAAAUAUGAAACUGUAUAGUAGAAUUACGUGCAUUAUAGAAGCUAGAAGAGAUUAGAGAAAGUGGGUUGCAUGUGUAUGUGAGUAUUAAGAAAGACAAAAAGUGAUAAAGAUUGCAUUAUUAUAGAGAUGGGUUGAUGAGACACAGACGCAUGCGACAAAGUGGUACUAUGAAACAUAUAAAGAUGGAUGAUGAUCAAUUGACUCAUGAAUAGUUAAUGUUUUCAUCUUUUACACUCACCAUCACAUCUAAUACUUAGCUUUAUGUAUAAUUACAUAUAUCUAGCAAUUCUCAUGCAUGUCAUGAAAGCACUUAA